AUGCCCAGAGAUCACUCGCGAAAGAAUCCCAUCUCGCCGCUGUCGCCACACGACCCUUCAGGACUUGAAGUCUACAAUGGCCACCACACAGCUCCGAUGCCCGUUUACCCGCCCUCGGCGUCCUCCUAUACCGAUACGCAUACCCUAUCAUAG